AUGCCGGACGCGGACGGUCGCCGCCGCCUCCCGGGGUUCCCGCACCCCGCCGCAGCCGCCUCCCGGGCCUCGCCGCUCAUCCGCGGGCUCUUCCCUCCGCCCAGGCACGCCGAUGGGAUCUUCAACAAAGCCUACAGGAAACUCCUGGGCCAGUUAUCCGCCAGGAAAUAUCUGCACUCCCUGAUGGCCAAGCGGGUCGGCUACCGGAAACAAAUGGCUGUCAAGAAAUACUUAGCAGCCGUCCUGGGGAAAAGGUAUAAACAAAGAGUUAAAAACAAAGGACGCCGAGUAGCGUAUUUGUAGCGAUGAGUAACCAGCCACUCCUGUGUAUACAAAGUCCUGAGAGAGAGAGAGAGAGAGAGAGAGAAAGAGACAGAGAGAGAGAGAGAAACCCAACAACAACAACAAAAAAUCUAAACAAAAACAAAAGUCAUUUCCAAACUGACUGAACAAUCACCGCUCCUGUGUUAUCUAAACAUGUAUUUAUGUAUGAAGUAAAGCCAUUAAAUGAAUAUUUUGAUAAUAAUAUUGUUUUUCUUUUGUACAAAAGCACUAGAGAAACGCACAGAUCUACUUUGUGGACCAAUCAUUAAGUUAUAUAUAAUAUAUAAAUAUAUAAAUAUAAAUACUACUACGAAUACUAAAGAACAAUUCUUCAUAGAAAAUCUGCACAAGAACAAGAAUUCGCCUGAGCUGUUUAUGUUU